GCCGCGCUGACGACAACUAUGGACCUUGAAAGAGCGCACGGUGAUCUGCAGGGAACAGGAUGCCCAGGUCCAAACACAGCGUCCAAACCAGAAUAAUCGAUGGAUGGAUACAUAUCAAGUUCGAGCGACAGACAGUUCUGGAAAACACGGGACGAGACGAGACGAAUGUCAUGUGGCUCUAUCUUGGGAGGCCGAGUGUCAGAUGUUGAAAGGCGCUGAUAUAUACAUCGACCGGGAAGAUAAUUGUUCGGGAUUCCCCAGGAUGUAUUUCUUGGAUAAUGUGCAAGUGCUUCGGUGUGGACAGCAGCAGUUUCAGGCAGGCUUUGUCGUCCUUUCUGAUACCCGAAAUGAUCGAAUCACUUUUAUGCCUCCAGUGAAAGGUAUAUUGCACGAGAUAAAUCCGCGUGUCCCGGAAAUUAAGCCUUUCAAAACCGCUGCAAUCCGUCGAGCGGACUGCUUGAAGUGUCGAUAUAAGCGGGUAUUAUGUCUGCAUGGCAUGCCAUGGCUGCCAUUCAGUAGCAAGCAAUUGACGGAAACGUGCCGCAGCUGGCGUGACCCUUCAAGGAGGAUGCUCAAGCCGAGAAAGCUGGACAAUUCUGUAUGGUCUGGAGAGAUCGAUGAGUAGGAAUGAGAAGGUAUCCCAGCCCUAGUCGUACUGUCGAACAGGUGGAAAGUUUCGGCUGGGCUCUAGCUGCCAUAUAGGCGGAUUCGUUUCGCGAACAGUGGGAUAUGAGAUGAUGGAGGUUUUAAGGCGAGUCGAACGUAUCUUUUGCAAGAUGUAGAACCGGAAAGUCGGAGGACUGAGAAAAAUGAUAUUGGUGAGUUUGAUGGGAGGAGGCACAGGAGACCAGGGAGCAGGAUUUUAGGGGAUCAUUCAGCUAGCCAAUGAUUGCAUCUAUGAGUUGUUGGGGAAUGCUGGCAGACAUUGGUUUGGGAAAUAUUAAGUAGGAAGGGAGUGAAUUGAUGUACAUGCUGAUCAUGUUCCGCAGACACAGCAAUGUCUGUGGGAAUUGCGUGACCAAGAACGUAAAAAUACUGGUCAUUCGCGCCAGAAUAGGACGGAAAGAAGUGAAAGCGACUGGCCCACGAUGAUGUAUCAGGAAACAUGAUAGAGAUGUCAG